AUGGGGGUGGAUGGCAUGUAUGAGAAGAGCAGAAUGCUGAACAUCCAGAACAGCGCAUGGGGCAGUCGCCAGGAGUGGUACCAAGACAGCUUGGUGACAGGGCCACCCAACCCAGAUAGCUGCCAGCAACUGGACAGCGGGCUGGAUCCUGAGCACCCACAAGGUGCAAGCAGCCAAGACCUAGAUGAGUCCCAAAUCCGGUUGCAACUGAAGCGCAAACUGCAAAGGAACCGGACAUCUUUUACGCAGGAGCAGAUAGAGGCAUUGGAGAAAGAAUUCGAGCGCACUCAUUACCCCGACGUCUUUGCCCGUGAACGCCUGGCAGCAAAAAUCGAUCUCCCGGAGGCCCGGAUUCAGGUCUGGUUCUCCAACCGCCGCGCCAAGUGGCGUCGGGAGGAGAAACUGCGGAACCAGAGGCGCCAAGCAGGGGGCGCUGGGGGGCACCUGACCAUAAACAGCAGUUUUGGCACUGGGGGAAGCAGCGUCUAUCAGUCCCUCCCACAACCUUUCCUCCCUUUCCCUGGGAACUCAAGCAGGUUCCCACCCUGUGUCACAUGCCCCAUCUCUUCAUUCUUUCCAGGCACUAUGUUGAGCCAUACAGAAAGCGCCCUCAGCAACAACUAUGGUGCCCUUCCGCCCUUACCUACUUUCUCCAUGGCCAACAGCCUCCCCAUCCAGGCAGUGCCCCCUGUGGCUAGCCAGACGUCGUCUUAUUCCUGCAUGCUGCCUGGAGGUUCCUCUGUGCGGAGCUACGAUUCUUACACGCCCUCCCAGCUCCCAUCUCAUAACCUGAGCUCCAGCAACGGGGCCUCUACCGGGUUAAUCUCUCCAGGAGUGUCAGUUCCUGUACAAGUCCCAGGUGGGGACCCUGAUCUGUCCCAGUAUUGGCCAAGGCUGCAAUGA